GAGGAGUUGCGGGUUGCUAAAGAAGUCGGAGUACGGUUAAACAGUGAAUUAGAUCUUCUCGAUGAGAAACGGGCCUAUCAUGAAGAGGAGAAUCGGCAGCUGAAGGAGGAGCUGCAAUGCUCGCAGCAGCGACGCAUUACUCUAGAAAAUGAAUUAGGUAGAAUGCGACUUGAGGUGAGACAAAACAAGAGGCGCUUUAUUCCAGUUGUCUAUGCUUGA